AUGUCUCCCACCAAUCGUGCUGCGUGGCUCAUGACCAAAGGGUCUCCUGUCCUUGUUGUGGACUCUGCACCGUACACGACCCCUUCAACCAAUGAGGUGGUGGUUAAGACUAAAGCUGUAGACCUAAACCCUGCAGUCAUUAUCUACCUGAACUCUAUGAUGUCUCUGAAGGACUAUCCAGCCAUUCUAGGCUGCGAUGUUGCUGGCGAGGUUGUGAAGUGCACCACUCUCUGGCUGAUGACUACAGCAUUGGCGACCAUGUCAUUGCCCAGGGUGGCUGUGCGUACAGAAAAGAUGGCACUUACUGCUACUCUACCUCUCAAGAAUAUGUGGUGGUGA